AGUAGGCACGAGACAGACACACAGAGACAAAGAGAGAGACAUAGAAAUAUUGAAAGAGUCCGUCAGAAAAAGAGACAGAAACAUAGAAAGGGGGACAGAGACAGGGCGAGAGAGACACAUAGAAAGAACCAUUUCAACCAGAUCUUUGACUACCCUCACACACUCUGGUUCUCUUAUCCUGAGCGAGAAGCCAGCCAGUCAGCCAAUCGUCCAACAUGUCGGGAGGAGGCAGUUUCGUCUUCACCCCCAUGGCCCUGCGCUCCCUCCAGCUGGACGAGGACAUGCUGGAAAGAGACAAGUACAAGAAGCAGCUAGCCAGCCACCAUCUCAAUGGCUACAUGCUGAAGAAAGAGGCCAGGGACAGGGUAGGCCCUGCACCUACGAGGACCUGCACCUAUGUUAGACCCCCAGCUGUGUGCCAUGACCUGGUCAUCCAGAACGCAAUCUAUACUGGGGAUGCAGACGCUGUGCAGCGCUUCUUCCCCAGGGGUGUCACGUCGAACCUCAUCAUCGAACCUCAGGGAGGGGACAUGCGCUGGGUGGCCAGGGGGGAAGGACUGUGGUCUCUGACCUAUGAGCAACAGCUGACAACCCCACUCCACAUUACAGCAGGCCGGGGGUUUGUUGACUGCCUGAGGCACCUGCUGCAGCGCGGGGCCAGCGUAGACCUGGCCCCUGGGGGCAGCACUGCCCUCCAUGAGGCCUGCCAGAAUGGCCAGCCCCAGUGUGUAAAAUUGCUGCUGUCCCAUGGUGCCAACUCCAACGCUGUCAGUGAAGAUGGGCUCAUGCCCUUGCACAUGUGUACCAGUCCUGAGUCCCUAGUGUGCGCCAAACACCUGCUCCAGUUUGGCGCUGCAAUCAAUGGGCGGAGCCUAGGCGAGGAUAACACGCCGCUACAUGUGGCGGCACAGAACGGGCUCCCGGGCCACACGGAGAUGUACCUGCACUACGGCGCCGCCCUGGAGAAGCGGAAUGACGAUGGUCUCACGCCACUCAACGCCGCUUGCUCACAACCACAGGAGAAGGGUGAUCUGGAACGCUACACCAAGGUAUGUGAGCUGCUGCUGACGGCGGGAGCUGACGUCAACACAGAGGACCAGGACAAACAGUCCCCGCUCCACAUGGCCUGUAAGAACGUCAACCCGGGCGUGGUGGAUCAUCUUCUGGCCCACGGAGCCUGCGUCAACACCAUGUGUUACAGUGGAAACGCCCCCAUGCAAAACGUCCUCAAGGUGGUGGCCUACAAGCCGGAUCAUAAGCCAGAGAGGGUAGUUCGCUCUCUGCUCAACCACGGCUCCAUCAGGGUGUGGCCUGGAGCACUGCCCGAGGUGCUAAAGUAUUGCUGUGUCUCCCCACGCACCAUUGAGGUUCUUCUGAAUGCGUAUGACCGCCUCAAGGUCACAGAUGACUGGGUGGAGGCUGUUUCACCUGAGAUGUUUAAGGAACACAAGGGGUUCUAUGAAUCUGUCUUCUCCCUGCAGCAUACCCCACGCUCCCUACAACACCUGGCUCGAUGGAAGUUCAGGAACUACCUAGACGGGCGCGUGCACAAGGUGGUGCCACAGCUAGACCUGCCCACCUUCAUCAAAAGUUUCCUGCUGCUGGAGUUCAGAGACUAUGUCCACUGA